AUGGGUUUCCAUCUCCCGUCGAUACCAUAUCCUCCCGCGCGACCAGAAGAAGGUUACUGGGCUCCUGUAACCUCGACCAUAAAUUGGUGUGAAGAGGAUUAUUAUGCCACUAUAUACUCUGCCGAAAUCGUCAAUACCCUUACCAACCUACUUUUCAUAUGGCUGUGCAUCAAGGGAAGUCGGAAUUGUUUGAAAUACGAUCAUGACAGUGUAUUUUUGGUGGCCUUUCUAGGUUAUGGAGCUGUAGGAACAGGGUCAUUCUUGUUUCAUUCAACCUUGAAGUAUCCCAUGCAACUUGUAGAUGAACUUUCCAUGAUUUAUACUACAUGCUUGAUGUGUUAUGCGACUUUCUCCUUCUCUCAAUCCCGCAUCUUCAGACAAGUAUUAGCAUUCAGCUUGAUAUUCUUGUCUGUAUUCAUAACGCUUUACUAUCAUUACCUUCAAGACCCGGAUUUCCAUCAGAAUGCAUUUGCGCUUCUCACAGCUACCGUACUAUUCCGUUCCAUGUAUGUGAUGGAAGUGAACAUACGUCCUUCUCUUCGAAAGAAAUAUGCUACCACAGAACUUUCUCACGAACAUCCUGAUACUUCUCAUUCCGAUCGUCUAGCAAAUGAAAAGAGACAAUAUGAAAUUCUCAAAGAAAUGUGGUUGAUGGUUGGCUUAGGUCUUUCCAUCUUUCUGGGUGGUUUUGGUAUAUGGUCUUUGGACAAUCAUUAUUGCUCGACGGUCAGACAAUGGAGACAUGAAAUUGGACUCCCAUGGGGAUUGUUACUCGAAGGACAUGGCUGGUGGCACUUGAUGACGGGCAUUGGAUCAUACUUCUACUUGGUCUGGGGUAUUUGGCUACGACAUUGUUUGAAUGACAGACAGGAUGAUUAUGUUUUGCAUUGGCCACAUUACUUCAGUCUUCCGGAAGUUAUUCCACGCCCUGAGCAUAGCAAGAUUUCGAAUGGAGCAAGGAACGGACAUACAAAAGAUGAGUCUAGAAAAUCGGUUUGA